UUCAGGUUAACGAACAACCAAGUACGCAUACACUUAGAGGGAAAUUAACGAUAAUGAGGUUUGGAAAAAAAGUCAAGUUAUUCGCAAAUAUGCUUGGUAAAGCACUUGAUAGAUUUUUCGCUUAAACAGAUGCAUGUACCACCGGGACGGGUUUUGUUAUGGCAAAUUGUUAUGUGAGAGUAUUGUGACAUAAUCCGGCGGCAUAUAUAUAUAUAUAUAUAUAAGAUAUUCACGUUAUGCUGCACGCGGUUAUAAAUGCGUUACGUAGCGCAGCGGAUACGCGCGCGCGCGCGCAUAUGCCUGCCUACAUGCCUAUAAGGUACAUACAAUAUACAACCGGUGUCUGUUCGCGCGAAAUGCAGUACGAACUAAAAUGGUUGUGAGUAAACUCGAGCGAUAUAAUUGAUGGCAAUUGAACAAUUCGAAGAGAAACGCUAUCCUUAUCUACUUCCUAUAUUAUCGCCGCUUAUUAGCGACGCAUAAGCGUUAUCUCUUUCAACGAGUCGUAUUCAACAAAUUGUUUGUCCGGCUCGUGUCAUUUGCAUUCGUGAGAUAUUAAAUCAAAAGGAAAAGAUAGGACAAAUUUCGAUGAUGAAGAAGAAAGACACGUAUCAUAUAGAUGUGCACAAACUCGUCAUAGAGCGAUCGUUUUAUAUACCUAUAUAUCUUGAUAGGUCGAUUUCUUCCAUUUGAUAGAGGUUAAUAUUAAGGUUUUAAGACACGUUACUUAAUUUACUCGUACCUUCCUUACUCUCUCUAACCAUUCAAAUCGUCCAUUGUUUUUCUAUUUUCUAUCUUGUAUUCUAAAGAAAUGAAGCGUUUCCCAAUCGAUUUCGGAAUUACUUUUUGUGCUCUGGCUUUGAGUGCGUCCGUCGUCUACUAGGUCUCGGUGAUGCAGACGCACACACACGAUGGGUAAAAAAGAUGUGGCCGGUACGGUCGGUAAAGAAGUUCCGUUGUGUUUACAAAACCAGACGUUUGCGUUUUCGGAUAGACUUUUCGUUCCGAUUGUUUGGCGAAUUAUAGAGGCGAACGGGAUAUAAAAUAAUGCCUUUUUCCUAUUAAACAACGUUCGCAAACGUCGUUCGUUUUUAAGUCAUCGCACGAGUUAAUAUGAUCGAUUCGGAACUGGAAAAUAUAUCGAAAGACGGUAACCACGACAAAAAUAUACUUUUACAAGAGUAUGACGAAGUAGUGGAAACUCUUAAAAAAGACUUAACUAUGUGCAAGAAAACUUUUUCGUAGACGGAACAAAACAAGAUCAGAUCUUUGCUGGAAGCUCUACAAAAUGAUAGCAGAGAUACUGGUGAUCUAAUUAAGGAUCAUUUCUCUCGCAUUCAUAUAGAAACUUGUAGCAGCGAGAGCAUACAUAAUAAGGAGCUUAUAAUGAAUCUACAAGAACGCCUUGCUGUUUUACAAAUGGAAAAAGAUUCUGUCUUUCAAUUAUGGCAAAUAGCAUUGAAAACUGUGACUGCUCUGGAGGAUGAAUUAAGGUGUCUUAGAACCGAUGGUAAAAGUACCAAAUUAUACGAGGAGCAUAUCGAUAAUGUCAAAGAGACUUAUUCCGAGGCUAUCAAAGCAUUGGAGGGCAAGUUAUUACAAGCGAGGGAAAAUUUUUUGAAACAGCAAGCAUUGUGGGAAACUAGCAAGGAUAAAAUUGAGGACUUGCUUAAAGAAAAAGCUGAUAUUACAAGGAAACAUGAAAUUUAUCAAAAGGACACUCUGGAAAAAGAUAGGAACAAUAUGCGGAUAGUUGAAACGUUGAAAACCGAAUUAGCUGCUGCAAAAGCUGAUACCCAAAGGGCAAUGGAUUUAAAAGGAGAGUUGGAGAGUAAAUUGAACGAAGCUAUGAAAUUUACGGCAUCUUUGAUAGCCAGAAAUGAAGAAACAAAAAAUAAAAUGUCCGAGGCUUUGGAGUUGGUAGAAAUUGCGGUAAGAGAAAAGGAUCUUGUAUUACAAAGGGAAGCACAUGUAUUAGAGGAAAAAGGUAGGCUCGAGGUACGAUUGUCUAAAAUAACUGAAGAACAUACCGUCAUGUUACAAGAUGAGAUAACGAAAAUGAAAGAUGGUUAUGAAAGAAGCGGGAAAAAAUAUAUAUCCGAAAUCAAAGAGCUUAAAGCAGAAUUAAAACAGAGAACGAUGCUAUUGGAUAAUGCACAAAAAGAUUAUAGAGUUUCUCAGGAAGAACUUGAAAAGGUACGUCAGAAUUCUGAGGAUGUAUUACAAAAGUCGAGAACGAAAAUAUUGGAUUUUGAACAAAAAUUACACUGUGUGGAACGUCAACUUCGUGACAAUGACGAUACGCAAAGGAAGAGGUAUGACGCGGAGAUCAGGCAUUUAGAAUCUAAAGUAAUUGAAUUAGAAGAAAAGUUGAGCGCCGCUAAUGAUGAAUUAAGAAAAAUGCAACAAGAGAAUCGCGAUAGUAUGGAGCAUCAGGUAAAACAAGCUAAUGAAAAAACAAAAAACCUAAUAGAGCAGUGCAAUGAUUUAGAGAAACGUUUGGCUAGAUCUUUGGAAGAUAGAGACAAUUUUCAGACAGAAAUCAAACGCCUACAAAUGACUUGUGAUCGUGAAAUGCAAAAGCGAGAGUACGAGAGACAUAGUCUUGAAAAUAAAAUUCACGAUUUAGAGAUCAAUUUUCAAAAAGCAACUUAUUUGGCACAGGACGGUCCAUAUGCGAAUGUACUUGCGACUCAAGUAUAUACCAUGGAGAGGGAAACGAAGAAGCCCAGUUCACCCGUAACGAUAGAAACCAAGGAACAUUGUUGUCGACCGGUCCUGUUGGAGCAGAUGAAUAAAGCGCAGGAACGAUACGAUAGGAAGAUGAAGGAAUUAUCGCAUCAUGUGGAAGUUCAUCGGAAACUUAGUAGAAAGUGGAAGGAAGAAGCCAAGUCAAUGACAACGAAGUUUCAAGAAAAGUCUAAGGAACACAGAGCUAAAAUAAAUGCCCUAAGAAAGGAGAACGAGGAAUUGAAUAAACGAUUAUUUUCGUGUCAGCAAGAACUUACUAAACAUAAAGUACAAAGUGUUCCGAGAUGCAGCGAAGAAAAUAAAGUCAGGUGACAUUAUAAUGUCAUACUCGUCGGAUUAAUAUCACGUCAUCUUGGCUUCUGUAAAUAUCGCAAAAUACGGUGGAUUUGUCUAUUUUGGAAAUACAUGUUCAUACAGGAAAUAUAAACUAUAUCUUAAAUGUGA